AAAUUCUGCCCCCACCUCUCCCUCCUCCAUAACCUAAUCCACACACAUAUUUCUCUGCCUUUUUUGGUGCUUUCCAUAUCUGGCUUGAUUUUCCUCCUUCUCUCCUUCAUACAGUUGCAAUUUCCCCCCUCAACCUGUCUCACUUCAGUGUAGCACAGAGGAUGAAGAUCUGUGAGCUUUGCAGAGCUGCGGCGAUGGUCUUUUGCGAGUCGGAUCAAGCCAAUCUGUGUUGGAGCUGCGACGCCAAGGUUCACUCCGCCAAUUUUCUGGUGGCGCGGCACUCACGCUGCCUCCUCUGCCACGUUUGCCAGUCUCCGACGCCGUGGUCCGCUUCUGGCUCCGAUCUCGGAUCUACGGUCUCGGAGUGUGAAAGAUGCUUGCGCGGAAGUCCGAGAACUGAAAUCGAGGCAGAUGUGAUCGGAGAUGAGUGCGACGACGAUGAGGAGGAGGAUGAUGAAGUGGACGAGGAAGAAGAAGAAGAAGAAGAUGAUGAUGAUGAUGAUGAAGCAGAUUCGGAAGAUAUUCAGGUGGUUCCGUGGUCGUCGACACCGCCUCCGUUCCCGGCGACUUCAUCCAGCAGCGAUGACUCCUUGCUCACUGACAGAGAUGUUUCAGAUCUUAAAUAUUGGGAUAAUCGCCGCAGUGUGUCCUCCGACCUGGACGCCAGCGUAACGGGAGAGGCGUCGGCGACUUGCAGAAGCGUCAUUGACUUGAACGAGACUUCAACGCCUGACACCGGAAGGCCGGCGAAGAUCCAAAGAAGAGCAACCAAUGGAACGGGUCGGGUCGAUAGGUCCGGCUUGAGAUCGUCGCCAAGUGUGGACGCAUUAUCGCGAUUUCAUCGCCCAUCAAGUCGGGAUCGCACUAUCGUAAAUUUCGACUUUUCUGAAACUUCCUAGCCACUGGUCCACUUGAUCAACAAUUUUCAAUUUCUUGUAGUGCUCAGUUCUUCUAUCUCAUUCAAAUUAUUUUUAAGAUGUGCAAUUCUUAAUUUAUAAUUUUGUACGGUAUGAGAUAUUUUAGUAACUUGUAUAUUUUCUCUAGAAGAGUAGUGCUACAAUGGCCUUGCACCCAUGCCUUAUUCCACUCAUAAAUAAGGUUACCAGUUUACCGCUAUAUC